AUGGGUCGUUUUACAAGAUUAAUCAGAAGGUUGUGCAUCUACGCCUCAGCGGAUGAAGCUGUCAAAAACAUCAAAAGUGGAUCCAGUGUGCUCAUCGGAGUCCUUACUCACGAACUCACCGAACUCGUGAACUCACCGAACGCCCCUCACCGAAGUCAUGAACUCACCGAACUCAUGCACUUCACUCAACCUCAAACUCGUUUCGCUCCGUGCGGGUUUCCGGAAGCUCUGGUGACUGCACUGUCCAGGAGGUCAGUCAAGGACCUGAAGAUCGUCUCAAAUUCUUGCGAAAGCGGAGACUCCGGAAUCAGCCAUCUCCUCAAGGCAAAGCAGGUAAAGAGUGUGAUUACCUCAUUCGUGGACGGUAAUCCCGAAUUCAAGAAGCAAUACUUUUCCGGAGAGAUGGAGCUGGAGUUUUCUCCUAUGGGAACGCUAGCCGAAAGGGUUCGUGCUGGCGGAGCGGGCAUCCCUGCCUUCUUUACGCCGACAGGCUACGGCACCCUCGUGCACACGGGCGGUGUUCCCGUCCGUUCCGAUGGGCGAGGAGGAGUGGCCAUCACCAGCCAGCCCAAAGAGCACCGGGUGUUCAACGGCAAGAACUACAUCAUGGAGCAUGCCAUCACCGGGGACUUCGCGCUCGUGAAAGCAUGGAAAGCAGACAAGGCUGGAAAUCUCAUGUUCAGGAAAGCGGCCCAGAACUUCAACCCACUCAUGUGCAAAGCCGCGAACCACGCCAUAGCAGAGGUGGAAGAGGUAUGCGAGAUUGGAGAUAUCCCACCGGAUCAGGUGCACCUUGCCGGAAUCCACGUCGACGGCAUCUGCAGAGGAUCGCGGUCAUCGAAGGAACUGGUGUUGCUUUUGUUUUUAACGUGA